ACGAGGACACGCCGCAGCCACCGAGGGACGAGCCCUGCGACCGCUUCCACCUCCAGACCCAGCUUUUUAAACCAAAAUCCGCCACACGUUCGAUGCCGAGGCUUCUGUGUGAGUAACGUCCAGGUUCGCAUCCGGUUGACCGGGGGUUUGAUUUUGAAUUUAGCAGCGUACGGGAGCUAACUAGCUUCCAGGACCGAGCCAGGAAGGAAUCGAGCGGUUAUCGACAUUUAAAACCGCUGUAGAGUUUUAUUUUAGUAUUUUUUUUUUGUCUGCUUUUUUUAAAUACACGGAAGUGAGGUUCAGUCCAAAGAUGAGUGCAGGCGUAGCGAAGCCGGCGAACCCGUCCUCCGGGCACGUCGACCCCAAGUCGGCUCCUCUGAAGGAGAUCCCCGACGUGCUGGUGGACCCUCGCACCAUGAAGAGGUACACGAGGGGUCGCUUCCUCGGCAAGGGGGGCUUCGCCAAGUGCUACGAGAUCACGGACAUGGAGACCAAGGAGGUGUUCGCCGGCAAGAUCGUGCCUAAGUCCCUGAUCCUGAAGCAGCACCAGCGGGAGAAGAUGACCUCGGAGAUCGCCAUCCACAAGAGCCUCGACCACUCGAACAUCGUGGGCUUCCAGGGCUUCUUCGAGAACGAGGACUUCGUGUUCGUGGUGCUGGAGAUCUGCCGGAGACGGUCCUUGUUGGAGCUGCACAAGCGCCGUAAGGCCGUGACCGAGCCGGAGGUUCGCUACUACAUGACGCAGAUGCUCAGAGGCGUCCACUACCUGCACGACAACCGAGUGAUCCACAGAGACCUGAAGCUGGGCAACAUCUUCCUCAACGAUGAAAUGGAGGUCAAGAUAGGGGACUUUGGCCUGGCCACUAAGAUCGAGUUCGAUGGCGAGAGGAAGAAGACGUUGUGCGGGACGCCCAACUACAUCGCGCCCGAAGUGCUUUGUAAGAAGGGCCACAGCUAUGAAGUGGACAUCUGGUCGCUCGGAUGUAUAUUGUACACUUUGCUGGUGGGUAAACCCCCAUUUGAGACGUCCUGUCUGAAGGAGACCUACAACCGCAUCAAGAAGAACAACUACACCAUCCCCUGGCACAUCAACCCGGCCGCAGCUGCACUCAUCAAGCGGAUGCUGCACGCCGAUCCCACCCAGAGGCCGACCAUCGCCGAGGUGGAGGCCGACGAGUUCUUCACGUCCGGCUACGUCCCCACGCGUCUGCCCACGACGUGCCUCACGGUCCCCCCCCGCUUCUCCAUCGCCCCCUCCACAGCGCAGGAGCUCAGCCAGAGACGCCCGCUGACGGCCAUCAACAACAAGGCUGGAUCAGAGAAGAUGGAAUCUAAAGAUGAUCCCAUGCAAAGGGAGGCUGAGACGACACCAGAGUCCCACCUGAAGGACCUGCUGGUGCAGCUCAACACCAUCAUCGCUGCAAAACCCUCUGAGAAGGCAAUCAUACGCCAAGACGAGGCAGAGGAUCCGGCCUGCAUCCCCAUCUUCUGGAUCAGCAAGUGGGUCGACUACUCUGACAAAUACGGAUUAGGCUACCAGCUCUGUGACAACAGCGUGGGCGUGCUCUUCAACGACUACACGCGUCUGAUCAUGUACACCGACGGAGACAGUCUGCAAUACAUUGACAAGACGGCGGUGGAGUCGUACCUCAGCGUGCGCACGUACCCAGCGAAUCUCACCAAGAAGAUCACAUUGCUGAAAUACUUCCGCAACUACAUGAGCGAGCACCUGUUGAAGGCCGGAGCCAACAUGGCGCGGCGGGAAGGGGACGAGCUGGCGCGGCUGCCCUAUCUCUCCCUCUGGUUCCGAACGAAGAGCGCCAUCGUGCUGCACCUCUCCAACGGCACGGUGCAGAUCAACUUCUUCCAGGACCACACCAAGCUGAUCCUGUGUCCACUGAUGGGGGCGGUGACCUACAUCGACGAGAAGCGAGAGUUCCACACCUACAAGCUGUCGCUGCUGGAGGAGUUCGGCUGCUGCAAGGAGCUGGCGAGCCGCAUCCGCUACGCCAAGCUCAUGGUGGAGAAACUGGCGGAGAGCAAACCCCCCAUCGCCGCACAUUAAAACCCCAGACGUCUCCAAUCACCGACCACUUCUCCCAGUCUGGCGGCCGCCCGCCGGACGGGACAGACUUAAAUCCUCCUGUAUUUUAUCCAUGGAUUGCUGUGUAAUGUUUUUAUGUCGUUCUUGACGCCCUGAAACGCCCCCUGACGAAUAAUCCCCCAGGUGUUGUCCAUGAAAAAUUGAUUCCGGUCUCUCAGCCACUGAUUGUUCUAUUUUUUUGUUUCCCUUUCUAUUGUUAAUAGAAAGUCACUUGAACUCAUGUCAUCUUAACUCUCCUGAUCUUGAGCUUACUCCUGACAAACACAUUCCCACUGAUGUAUUCUGAGGGAGCCGGAUCACUGACACAACACAGGAUCUGACCCGUUUUAAAUGAGUCCAUCAGGGAAAAGUUCAACGUUCAGUUUCGCCCGCUGUUCAAAUUCAUGUGUACGUUGAAAAGGUCGUCGGGCCGUUUCCUCUUCUUCUGGUUCGUUCGUGUAUCUGUGACUCGACUGGUGAGAUGUGUGACUGUGACUGAGUGUGUGUGUGGAUGGAAAAAGCUUGUGUGCUUUCGUCUGUUUUAUCUGUGUUGUAUGUCAAAAUGGCCCAUGUCGAGUCUUCAUCAUGUACAUCCUGUAGUUUUAAUCCUUUUUUAAAAAUAUCUAUUUUAGAUGUCUUCUUCUACGAGAUGUACAUACUGAUGAAUCUGCAUAAAUGUUG